GCAGAUGUCGACAAGAUCAAUGGUCCACGGUUUCUUCCGUGGUGUGAUAGAUAGUUUUCGGGGCAUUCGAUCAAUCGUAUUACUAGCGUUUUAUCAGAGAAAGCCUGAUGGGGUGAAUGUGACGAAGGCGCGUAACAAAUCUAAGUCGAUGCCUGAUCCGCAGAAGCCCGUUAGGAAGAUAAUGCAAUGCUGCGCUUUGAAUGGCGGGAUUUUUCUAUUGAGUCUUCUUGUGUGGGGAAGCGUACUGCUUCCAGUGCUCGAAAGAAUUUCUCCGAGUCCAGUUGCUUGGAGGUACCUGUACCCCGUGCUCAAUUCUCUGUUCUCUGUGAUGUGGAUCAUCCCUUUGUUCUUGAUAUCGAGGAUCAUCAAUUUCCUUUGGUUUCAGGCGAGUAAACUCCCCGAAACUGGAAAAUCCCGCACGCACGGCCGCGUUCCUCGUGUUCAUCCAUUUGGGAAACUCAUUGCCGACGUUUUGCUCAGUGUAUUCAUUCAAUUUUUAUUCCUCGUUCAGAGUCUUAUUGUUACGUCUUUGCCGAUCGUUUGGGUUGGAAACCUUCUCGGUCUGCUCCACCGCAGUUUUUUGUACUCGUUGUACGCCUUUGAGUACAAGUGGUUCAGUUUGGGGUGGGCGUUGGACCGCCGAUUGGAAGAAAUCGAGCUGCACUGGCCGUACUUCGUCGGGUUCGGGCUGCCGAUGUCCGUCCUCACGUCCUUCCACGAUUCCUAUUUUGUGAGUGGUUGCCUGUUCUCUGUGUUCUUUCCAAUCCUGAUCAUCAGUGCUCACGAGUCGGUGACGGAGCCGUUCGGUGGCUGUCCGAUGAAACUUUUUUAUCCAGUGGUGAAACUGACGGACAUGCUUUUACACAGCGUUGCCUGGUAUCGCGAGCAGCGAUUGUGA